AUGCUCCGCUGGGCGUGAGCAUGGAGGGUCCAACGUGGGAAGCUUGGUGCCUCUUCUCCCAAAUGCUCGGCGGCGCCUGUCGCCUUCAGUAGCAGCCGCAGUAGUGGACAAGGAAACGCCGAACCGAGGCUGCUGCCGCUCUCCUAUAACCUUCUAGAUGGAGAGGCGACACUCCCAGCCAUCGUCUUUUUGCAUGGACUCUUCGGCAGCAAAACCAACUUCAACUCCAUCGCCAAGGCGAUGGUCCAAAGAACCGGCAGGAGGGUGUUGACAGUGGAUGCUCGGAACCAUGGUGACAAUCCCCACCAUCCAGAUGCAAGCUACGAGGACAUGAGUCAGGACCUUCAGGGCCUCCUGCCACAGCUGGGCCUGGUGCCCUGCGUUCUUGUUGGCCACAGCAUGGGAGGAAAGACAGCCGUGCUGCUGGCAUUGCAGAGGCCAGAUGUUGUGGAGCGAUUGGUAAGCCCAGUAGGAACCACACCUGGAUCAUAUCUAGGAAGCUACAUAGCAGCCAUGAAGGCCGCUGAUAUCCCGGAGAAGGUGCCGCACUCCCAGGCCCGAAAACUGGUAGAUGCACAACUUAGUGCCACUGUCAAGGACCCAGCCAUUCGGAGGUUCCUGCUCGCUAACCUGGUGGAGGUAGAUCGGCGGUUCUCUUGGAGAGUGAACUUGGAGACUUUAGCUCAGCACUUGGACAAGAUUCUGACCUACCCACAGCAGCAUGAAUCCUACUCGGGGCCAACUCUCUUUCUGAUUGGUGGAAAUUCUAGCUAUGUACAAUCCAGCCACCACUCAGAGAUUAGGCGUCUCUUUCCUCAAGCCCAGAUUCAGACUGUGCCUAAUGCUGGCCACUGGGUCCACAGUGACAAACCCCAAGACUUCACCGAUGCCGUCAGCAGCUUCUUGGCCUAAGAAAUGGCUUCUUGAAAGAGCAGACAGGGAACUCUGGGCUGCCUGCUUCUGCAUGGAACAAUUCAGGUGGGCACUGAGAGGGCUCAGAGGUACAAAGGUCGUCCAGCCCUUUAAUAAAUAAAGGCAGUUCUCUUAAAAAAAAUUAG